AAUAGUACGUUCCAGGAAAAUGGAAAUAUAUUACAGUGAUUAUAAAUAUUCCAUUUUUUUAUCAGUUGCAAGGUAGAUGAUUUUUUAAUGUAACUGUGUUGGGACAUGUAAGGAAAAAACUCCUAUUUAACAAAAUAAAGAAGUAUAAAAAUCGGCAGAAAUGGAUUCUGAAUUACCAGCUUACGGUAUUGGCGUACGUCAUGGUCAAGUAGCUUUGAUAUUUUCGAUGGUGGUCAUCAUGUAUCUAAUUAAUAUGGCUGCACCUAUAGCUAUAGUAGCUAUGACAACUCCAGGAACAAGCCCCAAUCCAGAAGUCCCAGCGUUCAAGAGCUGGACAGACCAAAGUUUAGUCUUAAUUUCCUACUACUGGGGAUUCGCACCAACUCAACUAAUCGGAGGACCUUUGACAAGAAAAUAUGGCUUCAAAAAGUUUAUGGUAUUAUCUAUGGUCAUUUGCUCUAUAUUUUCCAUGUUUUUGCCUUCUUUAGUCAUCGAAUAUGGAUCGAAAGCAAUGAUUUUCGUUUUAUUCACCAUUGGCUUCUAUCAGGGAUUAAUAUUACCAAUGUUGUCCGAUUUUGUAAGCAAAUGGGCUCCAGUCCGAGAGAGAACUCCAAUUGGAACAUUCAUUUUCGCCAGUAAAACUUUAGGAACAGUGUUUGCCUCAGAAAUAACUGGACUUUUGUCUAGCUCAUGGUGGGGAUGGCCAUCAGCAUUCUACCUCUAUGGUAUGAUCGGUCUUGUAUGGAGUAUCUUUAUGAUAAUUUUCGGAUAUAAUUCACCUGAGGAACAUAAGAGCAUUUCUCAAGCAGAGCUUGAAUAUAUUAGGAGAGGGCAGACCCUUACAACAAAGAGAAUACCGUGGAAUAAGAUCAUGAAAUCUGUGCCUACGUGGUCCACUUGGAUAUCCCAAAUUGGUAUUGUUUGGACCAUAAGAUUGUCCACAACUGAAUUCCCUACUUACAUCAAUAGAGUUCUUGGAAUCGACGUAGGAUCUGCUGGGGCCUUCAUGUCCAUCACUUAUUUGGUAUCAUAUUUCUUCACAUUCUUCGUAAGCAGCUCUUCACAAUAUUUGAUCAACAACAAUUAUCUGAGCACGACAGUUUGUAGGAAACUGUGUAAUGGUUUAGCUGCAUAUGGUUCAUCGAUCUUUUUAGUUUUCCUCGCUGUUUUCCGUCUGAACCGAUUUUUAGCUUUGUUAUGUAUCUUCUUCGAAAUGAUCUGUUUGAACGCUAGUUUCUCUGGUUACAAUAUCAACUACAAUGAUCUCAGUCCAAACUUCUCAGGAUGUCUGUUUGGGGUUGGAGGUAUAACCUCCACUAUUGUGUCCUUCCUUCCUGUGAUGAUUGUCCAAUACAUGGUGACCGACCAGUCGAGCAGUACACAAUGGGGUUAUGCGUUCCUCAUAUCAGCAAUAGUAGCUUCUGUUGGCACCAUUUUCUUCAUGCUGAAAGGAUCUGGAGAGGUUCAAGAUUAUGAUGACAUAGAUGACAAAGAAGAUGAGGAAUCGCAACUUCUGGAGAAAAAACACCUGAAAUAAUCCAGUCAUAUGUUCUUAAAUUGAAUUAGUUUUAUGAUCUCCAUUCAUAUAUGUUCCUCCUUGAAAAUAUAUAAAUCGUUUGGUAAAAGCUAUAUAAGAAUAAAAAAUAUUAAAAACCAUUCUAUAGGCUUAAAUGCAUUGAGAUAUGUUGUUAUAAUUGUUUAUAUUUAUUGAAAAAUUGUUGAAAAUUUUAAUGGAAUAAACGCAGACGAAAAUUUUUAACCUAA